AUGGAGUGCGAGGACUCGUCUGUCGCCGUCCCAAACUGUCACUCCCCUUUCUCCCGGCCGGGGCGCGCGCCCACCACCAGCAGAAUCGAGCGGGACGACGAGCCGCCUCGCCCCAGUCUGGGCAUCGCCCUCAACGGCGGAGGCGCCAGGGCGCACGCGGGUUCUUGGGGCUUCAUGCGUGCAAUGCACCAUCUCGGCCUCCUUUCGGAGGCGACUCAUAUCUCUGGCGUGAGCGGCUCGGGCUGGACGGUGGCGCACCUCGCCUACUCCUCCGACCCGCUGGACGAGGUGCUCACAACCUCGCGCCUCCCGACGCCAGCCAGUGCGCUGCCCGACUACAGCAGCAAGGAGGGGCGGGCAGAGCUCGAGAUUAUGCCGUGGGGCCGCCUCGGCGCGUCGACGUGGAUAUCCAUCGGGGACUACACCAAGCUGCGCUCCUGGACGCUGAGUGCCUCGUUCGCGUGGACCUGCUGCUGCGACCCGCAUGAGUUUUGGCUCUGGAUGAUCGACCAGAUCUACCUCAAGCCGAACGGCAUCGCCUCCUCCUCUUCAUACACCAUCUUCUACCCAACGGGGCCGCUGCCAAAUACCGACGGGGCCGCUGCCAAAAAGUACCCGGUGGUCAUGUUUCACCGUGGCUCUAGAGGCUACACCAAGGGGUAUGAUAAGUGGAUGGAGAGCGUUGCGAAGCAAUGCCUGAUCGUCAUUGCGCCCGUCACCGAAAAGACCACCAAUCCUACGUGCAAGCGGGACGACGACCUGCUCAUCGCCGUGCAGUGGGCCAGAGCGCACCCUCAUGCGUUGAAGGCGGUGGCUGACUGGGAUCGUGUCGGUGCAAUGGGGCACUCCGCAGGAGCGCACCACCUGCCGAGAUUUGUUGAAGACGCAAAUAACACCCUCAGUGUCGACAUCAAGGCUACGGUCUUCUCUCACGGCGGCGACGAUUUGCAACACUACCUGUCUGACGAUGUCCUGUCCUAUGUCCCGUCCUUCUUCCUUACCGCGAAUGGCGAUAACAGAACUGAAAAAACAAACAAGCCUUCGCAUUGCACAACGCCGGAAUGCUCGUACGCCUGGUUCAGGGGCAUGAAUGCGACAAACAAAGAAGCCCGUUUUUUGAUGGCCUCCCACCGCAUCGGCGCCCGCGUCGCGGGCCUCUCGCCAGCGCAGCUGUGCGCCAUCAUCGAGGCGCAGGCGGGCGCGAGCGACGCCGCGCUGCGCGUGGCGGAGGAGCACGCCGCACGGCUCGUGGAGCAGCCCGAGUGGGUGCUCUCAGAGGUCCUCCUCUCGCCGGACCUCGCCCCGCACAUCCUCGCCCAGCUGCCGACCAAGGAGCACGCCGUCAAGGGGACGGCGCCAGCCAGAGGCUAG